AUGUCUAACCAAGGAGUGAGGAGAAAUGGCCCUGUUAAACUGCGAUUGACAGUUUUGUGUGCCAAGAACCUGGCCAAGAAAGACUUCUUUCGGUUGCCAGAUCCUUUUGCCAAAGUGGUGGUGGACGGCUCAGGACAAUGCCACUCGACAGAUACUGUGAGAAAUACAUUGGACCCAAAGUGGAAUCAGCACUAUGACCUAUAUAUAGGAAAGGCAGACUCCAUCACCAUCAGUGUUUGGAACCACAAAAAGAUCCAUAAAAAGCAGGGUGCCGGUUUCUUGGGCUGCGUCCGACUCUUAUCCAAUGCCAUCAACAGACUGAAAGACACUGGCUAUCAGAGACUGGACCUGAAUAAGCUCAGCCCCAAUGACAAUGACACUGUGAGAGGACAGAUAGUAGUGAGUCUCCAAUCCAGAGAUCGCAUUGGGUCUGGAGGUCCGGUGGUAGAUUGUAGUCGCCUGUUCGACAAUGACUUGCCUGAUGGUUGGGAAGAGAGGAGAACUGCUUCUGGACGCAUUCAGUACCUAAAUCACAUUACUAGAACAACUCAAUGGGAGAGACCAACCAGGCCGGCCUCGGAGUACUCCAGCCCGUCCGGACGGCCUCUCAGCUGCGUGGUGGAUGAGAACACACCAGUGAUGACCCCAAUUAACGGAGCCGAGGCAAGCGUGCCCCCCGGAGAGCCCCGAGUCCAGGAGCGGCGUGUUCGAUCACAGCGGCACCGCAACUACAUGAGCCGGACACAUCUGCACACGCCGCCCGACCUGCCGGAGGGAUACGAGCAAAGAACCACGCAGCAGGGCCAAGUCUACUUUCUCCACACACAGACUGGAGUGAGCACAUGGCACGACCCACGGGUGCCCAGGGACCUCAGCAAUGUGAACUGUGAAGAGCUGGGUCCACUUCCUCCGGGCUGGGAGAUCAGAAACACUGCCACUGGACGAGUCUACUUUGUGGACCACAACAACCGGACUACUCAGUUCACGGACCCACGGCUGUCGGCCAACCUGCACCUCGUGCUAAACCCGAGUCCAAAUGGAUCCCGCGUGGCCCCGGAGAGCCAAAACACUAACCUCAGUCCCCAGAAUCAGAAUAAAGAGCCAGUUGUUUCCGGGGCUCCUCCACAGCCCCUGUCUCCUGCCCAGCUGCCUGAAGACCCAGAGUGUCUGACGGUGCCCAAAUACAAGAGGGACCUGGUGCAGAAGCUGAAGAUCCUGCGUCAGGAGCUUUCCCAGCAGCAGCCUCAGGCCGGUCACUGUCGCAUUGAGGUCUGCCGCGAGGAAAUCUUUGAGGAGUCCUAUCGACAAGUGAUGAAGAUGCGACCGAAAGAUCUCUGGAAGAGACUCAUGAUUAAGUUCCGAGGAGAAGAGGGACUGGACUACGGUGGAGUCGCCAGAGAAUGGCUGUAUCUACUGUCCCACGAAAUGUUGAACCCGUACUACGGCUUGUUCCAAUACUCACGAGACGACAUCUACACGCUGCAAAUAAACCCAGACUCUGCUGUCAACCCGGAGCAUUUGUCUUAUUUCCAUUUUGUGGGACGCAUCAUGGGCAUGGCGGUGUUCCACGGACACUACAUCGACGGAGGAUUCACGCUGCCGUUUUACAAACAGCUGCUGGGAAAACCCAUCACCCUGGACGACAUGGAGUCUGUGGACCCAGAUCUGCAUAACAGUCUCGUCUGGAUCCUGGACAAUGACAUCACUGGUGUCUUGGAUCACACUUUUUGUGUCGAGCAUAACGCUUAUGGAGAAAUAAUCCAACACGAGCUGAAGCCCAAUGGGAAGAGCAUCCCUGUCUCCGAGGAAACGAAGAAGGAAUAUGUCAGGUUGUACGUGAACUGGCGCUUCUUGCACGGGAUAGAGGCUCAGUUUCUGGCCCUGCAAAAAGGCUUUAACGAGGUCAUCCCACAACAUCUACUUAAAUCUUUCGAUGAAAAAGAACUAGAGUUAAUCGUGUGUGGUCUGGGAAAGAUUGACAUCACUGACUGGAAGUCCAACACUCGUCUGAAGCACUGCACUCCAGACAGCAACAUCGUGAAGUGGUUUUGGAAAGCUGUGGAGUCGUUUGAUGAGGAGCGCCGAGCCCGCCUGCUGCAGUUUGUCACCGGCUCAUCCAGAGUGCCACUGCAAGGCUUCAAGGCUUUACAAGGAGCUGCGGGACCCAGACUCUUUACCAUCCACCAGAUUGAUGCCAACACCAACAACCUGCCAAAAGCCCACACCUGCUUUAACCGGAUCGACAUUCCACCGUACGAGAGCUACGACAAACUGUACGAUAAGCUGCUAACGGCGAUCGAGGAGACGUGUGGCUUCGCUGUGGAUUCCUUCGAUCUCCGAUGCAAGACGCUGCUGAAGGUUUAUAGAAUUUGA